CCCGGACCACUAUACGUCGACUUCUUCCCCCAAUCCCCGAACAAUUGGUACCAAGCACCGCUAUUUACCCACCAAUUACGUCAACGUACGUAUACGACACCUUGAGCAAAGCACGUCAUGCAUUCACACACAUAGAGAAAAAUCAAUUGCGAACUUUACAAGCUCGAUCGUCAAGGCACAAAGUCCCUCAAAGUACACCACAGCGUGGAAGCAGCAAAUGCUCCUUCUACAAGAAAACCUUCAAACUACACAUAAAGUGGCGGACUUUAAGGAAGGAAGAGGACGAACAGACGAGUUGUCGGUUUCUCACUGACGACGGAAGCCUUCUGCGGGACGGAAGGCUGUUCUCCAAUCCCCACUAAAUCUACGACUACCUCUAGCUAGCUAUAGGACUCUCUGCGUUGACGUAGGCAGUAUUCGUGAAUAACACUCAUUAUAUAACGUUUUGGCUGGAUCCUAAAAUAUGCGACUUGUGCUGGACACUUCAGACGCAAUGGCACCCUCAUCUUGCAAGAAAACUCCCCCCAAACCAGUCCUCCCACUUUGCAGAAUCUGCACGGAUGAAGCAUCAGGAAUUCACUAUGGUGUAACGUCAUGUGAAGGUUGCAAAGGUUUCUUCAGACGCUGCAUUGGCAAUAAGACAUUAAUCGUUCAAUGCCAAAAAGACGGUGAUUGUAACAUAGACAAGACAAGUAGAGGUCGCUGUGCACACUGCCGCUACAGGAAAUGCCUCGCAGUUGGAAUGUCUGUGCACUCUGUCAGAGUGGGAAGAUAUUCGAAGAAGCAGAAAGCUAGAAAUCUUGCAGAAAUCCAGAGUCUCUCUACCAAGGAGAAGAUACAGGAGAGAGAGCAGCGAGACAGGGAGAUGUACACACUCAUACAGAAACUGGUUCAGGCUUAUGAAGGAACAUGCUUCACCAACAAUACACAGGCUCAUCUUAAGCUGAAGCAGAGCUCCUGUGAGAGCCAGAUGGAGACCGACCAAUUGGACAUGUCCUUUAUAGCGGCCCAGGAGUUUGCCCUAAUGUCUCCAGUGCCCUUUAUGGAUCCAGCUGCCAUCUACACCCAGAUCUGUGCCGUCCGAUCCUUCCUGACAGACGUGAUCACCCCGUCGGUUGUCAACGUGGUGAAGUUUAGCAAGAAUCUUCCAGGCUUUUGUGCUCUUCCUCAGGAGGACCAAAUGACCCUUCUCAAAGCUGGUUUCUUUGAGAUCUGGCUCAUUCGGACCGCCCCCUUCCUGAAGGUAGUUGACAAUGAAAUCAUUGACUUUGGAGGACCGGAGGAUCACAGUGACAAGUUCUCCUUCAGACUAUCAGACCUUCAAGGGAUGGGAUUGCAGGAGAAGUUCUGGGAGACUCUGUACGAUUUUGUCCGCAACUUCAACUCGCUGGAUUUGAUAAAGGAAGAGCUGGCAAUCUUCACAUCUAUCAUCAUCCUUUGUGCCGAUCGUUACGGGCUGAAGGAGGUGCAGAGAGUAGAGCAGUUACAGGGUGAACUCGUCGAAGUCUUGAAGCGUGAGGUCACUCGUCGAGAUUGGAAGAACAAGCAGCUCUUCGCUCGGCUCCUCAUGCAGGUCACCUCCAUCCGCGUCGUCUCAAUGAUGUUCAACAAAUGCGCAAACGAUUUCCGUCGCGCCUGGCCCCACGUGGAGAUCCCCGCUCUCCUGGAGGAGAUACUUGAUUACGAGUACUAAAUCAAGUCCCCAAAAGUACUUCCAGACAUCAGGUUUGAUACUUCACGGAGGCAACGAAGGAAAUUGCCUCCCUGCGCCCUGGUCAUUGCCUUGGUGCCUCUUAAAAUGCU